CGAGGCGGGGCAGGCCGGUUGCUAAGACUUGGCGAAGCGCAGCGCCCGCGCCCGCGUCCCUCAGUCAGCCUGGCUGAGGAUGGAGCCCGCCUCGGGCCUCCUGGAGCAGCUCCAGCGCACGGAGGCCGGGAGCCCGGAGCCUGAGCCCACACCGUGGCAGGCCCUCCCAGUCCUGUCUGAGCAGCAGGCGGGGGACGUGGAGCUGGUGCUGGCCUACGCCGCGCCCGUCCUGGACAAGCGCCAGACCUCUCGCCUCCUGAAGGAGGUGUCGGCCCUGCACCCACUCGCAGCCCAGCCUCACCUCAAGCGGGUGCGGCCCAGCCGCGACGCCAGCAGCCCCCACGCCCUGGAGAUGCUGCUGUGUCUGGCCGGGCCGGCCUCUGGCCCACGCUCGCUGGCCGAGCUCCUACCACGGCCAGCCGUGGACACCAGUGGCCUGGGGCAGCCCUUCCUGGUGCCAGUGCCCGCCCGGCCGCCUCUGACCAGGAGCCAGUUCGAGGAGGCCCGCGCCCACUGGCCCACAUCUUUCCACGAGGACAAGCAGGUGACCAGCGCCCUGGCCGGGCGGCUCUUCUCCACACAGGAGCGUGCCGCCAUGCAGAGCCACAUGGAGCGGGCGGUGCGGGCGGCCCGGUGGGCAGCGGCACGGGGCCUGCGGGCUGUGGGCGCCGUGGUGGUGGACCCGGCCUCGGACCACGUGCUGGCCACCGCCCACGACUGCAGCAGCGCCGCCAGCCCCCUCCUGCACGCUGUCAUGGUGUGCGUGGACCUCGUGGCGCGCGGCCAGGGCCGCGGCACCUACGACUUCGCGCCCUUCCCCGCCUGCUCCUUCGCGCCAGCCACCGCCCCCCACGGCGUCCGCGCAGGAGCCGUGCGCAAACUGGAUACGGACGAGGACGGCCUCCCCUACGUGUGCACCGGCUACGACCUGUAUGUGACCCGUGAGCCCUGUGCCAUGUGCGCCAUGGCCCUGGUGCACUCACGCAUCCUGCGCGUCUUCUAUGGCGCGCCCUCGCCCGACGGCGCCUUGGGCACCCGCUUCCGAAUCCACGCGCGGCCGGACCUCAACCACCGAUUCCAGGUGUUCCGCGGCGUGCUGGAGGAGCAGUGCCUCCGGCUGGACCCCGACACGUAGGCUCUGCCCCUCUGUCUCCAGACCUUCGUGCUUCCGGCGUGGGGCGCCUCUCCUGCACUUACUGGGCCUCAACCUCCUUGGUGCAAGCCUUUCCGUGGAUUUUAAGGACACAUUGCCUCCAGCGGGGACCCCGGGGGCUGCCUUCCGUGUUAAGCUGAGGAGUGAGCUUUCCCGGACUCAGUUCUUGGCUCACCCCAACGCCAGCCUGUGGAGAUCUCCACGGAUGCCCUCACUGCCUUAGUGUCCCCUCUGUCUCUCCGGCCAGGAAACAGCUCUGAUGGGAAAAUAAACAGCCUAAAACCAA